AUGUCGAUGGAUCUGGAUGCCCCCGUACCUAUGACAGGGCUGCAAGAGCAGCCUGUCAUGAUGGCGACUAUCCUGUGUUGUAAUUGUGGUGCCCCGAUCGAUGGAACAGCUUCUGCUGGUGCUCUUUGCUCCGAGUGUCUUCGCAACACCGUCGAUGUCUCCCAGGGCAUUCAAAGAGAAGGAACCCUUCACUGCUGCCGUGAUUGUGAGCGUUGGUUGCAACCACCAAACAGCUGGGUCGUCGCAACUCCCGAGUCGAAGGAGCUUUUGGCUGUCUGCCUGCGCCGACUUCGCGGUUUGAAUAAAGUGCGGAUUAUCGACGCCAGUUUUAUCUGGACGGAGCCCCAUUCUCGCCGUAUUAAAGUCAAGAUCACUAUUCAGCAAGAGGCAUUCCAGGGUACCAUUGUCCAGCAGACGUUUGAGGUGGAAUACGUUGUUGCCUCUCAACAGUGCGACGACUGCAAGAAGAGUUAUACUCACAACACUUGGCGAGCUUCGGUUCAGGUCCGACAAAAGGUCCCGCACAAGCGGACGUUCCUGUAUUUGGAGCAGCUGAUUUUGAAGGCCGGCGCCCACAAAGAUACAGUCAAUAUCAAGGAAGCCAAGGAUGGUCUCGAUUUCUAUUUCGCGCAGCGCAAUCACGCCGAGAAGAUGGUGGACUUCCUUCAGUCCACGAUUCCCUGCAAGAUGAAGAAGUCCCAGGAGUUGAUUUCCAUGGAUAUUCACACCUCUACAAAAUCCUACAAGUUCACUUUCUCCGUGGAACUGAUUCCCAUCUGCAAGGAUGAUCUCGUCGCUCUGCCCAUCAAGCUUGCUCGCCAAUGCGGCAACAUUUCGCCUCUGACCCUCUGCCACCGUGUCGGAACCGCCAUUAAUCUCCUCGACCCCCUCACUCUCCAAACCGCCGAUGUCACUAGCAACACCUACUGGCGUUCCCCAUUCAAGAAUCUUGCCGAUGUAACAGAACUGAAAGAGUUUAUUGUCAUGGAUAUUGAGCCCCUCGGUCACUCAACUGGACGCUACCAGUUGUCCGAAGCCACUGUUGCGCGUGCAUCGGAUCUUGGUAACAACGAUACUACCUACUAUACCAGAACUCACCUUGGCGGUAUCUUGCACGUUGGUGACUCUGUUCUGGGCUACCACUUGACCGGUACGGUCUUCAACGACCCAAACUUCGAGGCUAUUGAGGCCAGCAACCAGUACGGAUCCACGAUCCCGGACGUAGUGCUCGUGAAGAAGCACUACGCACGCAAGAAGAAGCCCAAGAACCGUGCCUGGCGCCUCAAGCGUAUGGCUCGCGAAUAUGAGGAGGAAGCCCUUCAAACUCGUCGUCAAGAGCAGGAGCAAGAUCGCCUCGAGCAGGACUUUGAAAUGUUCUUGCGCGAUGUUGAAGAGGAUCAGGAGCUUCGCCAGACUCUCGACUUGUACAAGUCUCGUCGCAAUCCUGAGCAGAUGGAUGAGGACAGUGGCAGUGACGAUGAGGUGCCGAAGAUCGACAUGGAUGAGCUUCUCGAUGAUUUCGAUGAGCUGAACAUGAACGAAUAA